ACACAGGACGGUUUUCAAGCGAAAAAAAAAAAAGUUAGAUAAAACAGGAAGAACAAGGGAUAAAAUAAAUCGCCAAGCAACAGCAGCUGAGGGUCUCAGCUGUAUGUUGCAGUUGUGAAGGGGUCUUAUAAGAAUUAUGCAGGUUAAACGAUGGGAACUGGAACAUGAGAGCGUCGGCCACAACCUGCUUUGUCGAGAAGCCUCCUUCCCUCUUAGAUCCUGCUUCUUCACAGCAGCCGCCAGACCAGAUAACCAGUAUCAGCCUUUAGGAACACCUGUAAAACACAACAUCCGCGAUCAUGUCCUCCGUUCUGCAGAAGCUGAUCAGCCCUCUGGCCAGCACCCCCGCUGAGCCUCCCAGGAACAAGGUGACAGUGGUCGGGGUGGGCCAGGUGGGCAUGGCCUGCGCCAUCAGCAUCCUGCUGCGGGACCUGUGCGAUGAGCUGGCUCUUGUGGAUGUGAUGGAGGAUCGUCUGAAGGGCGAGAUGAUGGACCUGCAGCACGGCAGCCUCUUUCUCAAGACCUCCAAGAUCGUCGCCGACAAAGACUACGCAGUGACAGCCAACUCCCGCCUGGUCGUGGUGACGGCCGGUGUUCGCCAGCAGGAGGGCGAGAGCCGUCUCAACCUGGUGCAGAGGAACGUCAACGUCUUCAAGUCCAUCAUCCCCCAGAUCAUCAAGUACAGCCCCAACUGCACACUCAUCGUGGUCUCCAACCCUGUCGACGUGCUGACCUAUGUGACCUGGAAGCUGAGCGGUCUGCCCAAGCACCGUGUCAUCGGCAGCGGCACCAACCUGGACUCAGCCCGCUUCCGUUACAUGAUGGCCGAACGCCUCGGCAUCCACGCCUCCUCCUUCAACGGCUGGGUGCUGGGCGAGCACGGAGACACCAGCGUGCCUGUGUGGAGCGGCGCAAACGUGGCUGGAGUCAACCUGCAGAAGCUGAAUCCUGAGAUCGGCACUGACGCCGACAAAGAGCAGUGGAAGGCCACACACAAGGCUGUGGUGGACAGCGCCUACGAGGUGAUCAAGCUGAAGGGCUACACCAACUGGGCCAUCGGCCUGAGCGUGGCCGACCUGACCGAGAGCAUCGUCAAGAACAUGAGCCGAGUUCACCCGGUCUCCACCAUGGUCAAGGACAUGUACGGCAUCGGGGAGGAGGUCUUCCUGUCUCUGCCCUGCGUGCUGAACAGCACCGGCGUGAGCAGCGUGGUCAACAUGACCCUGACGGACGCCGAGGUGGCCCAGCUGAGGAAGAGCGCCGACACGCUGUGGGGCAUCCAGAAGGACCUCAAGGACAUUUGAACGCCCCCGCACACAUAGCACACACCACUGACGCAGAGGCCUGCUCACACACACACUCCUUUUAUAUGAUCCCUCUCUCUCUCUCUUAGAUUGUAUCCCGUCUUCUUUUAAAGGACAAUAUCAGUGCUUCAUCUCGUCACUGCCUAUUUCCUGUCAGUCACCUGACACCUCUAAGUCUAAAAACACUUGUAUUCUCCUUUAAAAAAAAUAAAUUGACACAUUAGCUCCCAAACAGCUGGUCGGCUGAAGUUGCCGUGUUCUUGUGUUUGUGUUAGAUGUAAUGUGCUCUGUAUGGAUUCUUGUGUUGCAGCCGUGUAAGACCGGGAUCAAACACACACCCUCCAAUCCUCCACCUCCACCAACCGUACGAGUCGUUCAUUUAAUCCGCUGCAGGGAGAAUCACUGAGAGAAAAGACCCUAAAGAUCCUAAAGGACUCUGCUUUUCCUCCUGCCUUCGUCUAAAAAGUGCUUCAACCCACAAGCAGUUGCACACUUAGGUCAGCACAGGCUCUGUUGUGAUAUUGUGAAGGUGGUUUUUUUGUCCCCCCGUCGUGUUUUCCUCUGUGUCAGCAAAGGGAGACGGAGCAGCAGGGGAGGGGUGGUUCUGUUCAGCUCAAGUUUUUUUUUUUU